AUGUCAAAAGGAGUUCAGCGCGAUGAAUCCAAAUUUUGCGAAUUCCAUAACGAUAAAGGUCACACCACCGACGAAAGGCUCGCGCUCAGAAAUACGAUUGAGACACUCAUUAGAGAAGGAAAGCUCCAAGAAUUUAUUUCCACUUGCAGGGAAUACAAGACACAGCAAAAGCGCGAUAGAAGCCCUGAUAACGACUCGAAUCCCAACGAGCAAAGGGCACGUCCUAGGAGAACUUAUAACUCCAAUCGUAACAGUGACCGUAGAGUGGACAGAGCAACAUCAACUGACAGACAUCAUAGAACUCCAUCAAGAAACAGACAGCAAGGCGCGAGGCAACACCGCGAUGGACUACCCAAUAACGCAGCAGGCAUUCUAGCCACCAUUGCCGGGGGCUCAGCGGGAGGCGGUGCGACCACAUCUCAACGAAAGAAGCACUUAAAGUCAGUAAUGACAGUACGCAAUCACGCACGCCUAUCAACCCCUCGCUAUCUAAAACAGGCCAUCAGUUUUGAUGAUGAUGACUAUGGCGAUAUCAUUCCAGACCACGAUGACCCGCUAGUAAUCUCAGCAUGCAUGGCUAACCUCCAGGUAAAACGUAUUAUGAUUGAUAAUGGUAGUUCAGCUGAUAUCAUAUUCUGGGAUGCCUUUUGCGCGAUGCACAUCCCAGAAGAACAUCUUCUGCAUGGAUGUUCGAACUUAAUAGGCUUCACUGGAGAAUGCGUACAGCCCAAAGGCACCAUUGAAAUGUGGGUCACCUUUGGAAACUUGCCUUUAGCUCAAACUAUCAAGGUGAAAUUUUAUGUCAUUGAAUACGCUUCAGCGUAUAACAUCAUUCUAGGAAGACCAACUAUUGCGGCAUUAAAGGCAAUCAUUUCCAUACCUCAUCUUUUGAAGAAAUUUCGUAACAAGUCUGGCACGGUAGUUGCCAUUAGAGGAGAUCAGAAAACAGCACGCAGUUGUUACAAUACCAGUCUAAGAGCCAAGACUCCUGUACAACCUGAUGACAAAGACAAAGCAUCGGUAAAUAUUACUGAUCUCGAUGUACGCGAUGAUCUACGCGAUAUUCGUCCUCAACCUGAUGGGAGUUGGAAGACCUCUAGAUAG